AUGGUUGUGCUGCGCACGAAUGUGGCGUUCUUGUUCACUGCCCUUUUGCAUUCCUGUUAUCAGGAUCUGCUGGCUUGCUGCGUCUUGAGUGAGUGCGUCUACAAGCAAUUGGAGGGUGGGGAGCAGCGCGUGGUGAAGGCCGUGAACGACGCACUGCAGGGCCUCCCCGCUGGUGUCGUGCAUCUGGAUUGCAUCCAGUGUGCAGCGGAAUGGGUGCCCCACAGGUAUCUUCUAGCGGAGGGGAGUGGCGCAUUGUAUGUUUGUUUCAUGGGCACAAAACAACUGCGGGACAUUGUAGUCGAUGCCAAUCUGCAGAAAGCUCUAUUGUGGACCCAUGACAUAGAGAUCAACCAACUUGCUGGGGGGAUACCAGCAGUGCAUCGUGGCUUUUUGGAGAGGGCUCGCCGGGUUCCUUUGCUUGCACUUUGGAAGAAAGUCUUGGACAAGGGACAACGUCUGGUACUUUGUGGCCAUUCAUUAGGUGGUGCUGUGGCGCUGCUGAGCACACUCUUGCUUCUGCAACACUGCGACCCUGUGCUUCCUGAGCAAAUCAAAUGCAUAACUUUUGCAUGCCCACCUGUGGCCAAUGGAUCGAUGGCACGGCUUGCCACAUUGCGUGGUUGGGACACGUGCCUAACCAACUACAGGACUCCAGGAGAUCUUGUGGUGAACCUUGCUGCCUACAUUCAUCGUAAGCCAAAGGGUAUAGCGAGGCAGGCAGGGAUGCCCAAAGCUGGUGAGCAGAGCAUGGAUAGUCCACCCCAUCAGCAGUCAGCAAGAGGGACUGAUAAGGAGCAUGAGGAUGGCAACAAGGCAGAGACUGAGCAAGUCGAAGAAAAGUCGUGGCGCAAACUGUUGGAGGCAAUACAGACAGCAGCAAAGGCUGCACAGACGAGGGUGUACACUCCCAAACUGGUCCCAAGGUAUGAAGCACUGGGCCGCCAGCUAUGGCUGCAUCCUUGGGGGGUAACGCAAGGACAGCAGGAGCAUUCUCAGAUGCCAGCCACAGCUGAUGACAACAGAAUGCAGAGCUCAAUAUGGGAGAUGCUCCUGUCGCACAGGAUGACAACCUACAGAACCACUGUUUUCAACAUUCUUUGUCAAGGACUGGCAACUGGAAACACCGCUCAUCCCCAAGCGAGGCUUGCAAAGCAUGCGGAUGUGGAGUUGAGCGAGUUUAUUUAUCCACAGUUAGGAUUAAUCGAAGCAAGAGCACUGUCCCCUCUAGUGUCUCCUGACUUGAGGUUUACCACCACACAGACCACUACUGCUGCACGCACAGACUCAGUGAGGGGACGAUGGACAGAGAGUGACAAAACGAUCCCCAGCAUGCCAAACUCAAGAUGGAGUCGUUUGAGGGGUGCUGUAAAUUCUUUUGUUGGAGGUGGUGGUCGAGGCAGUUUGCUGGAGGUCGAUGUCAGAGGUGACAUUGACACAUCAUCUGCAGUGCAACUUGACAUCGACAGAAGCAAGCCUUGGCCCGGUUAUUGGAAGAGUGCAGUCGUGGGCAUUCCACAGAAAGAGAACCGAUGGGAUCAAAGAGUCGUGCUUCUCAGGAAACGCCCUACAGGGAUUGGCACUGCAUUUCAGCAAUGGUUUGGGCCAAGCACAGAAGGAACUGAUGGCUUCACUCAGGGGAUUUGGCAUACUGCAGAGGUCAAGUUGCCUGCAGAAGUGCUUCACGGCAUUGAAGCAGCAAGAAGCAUAGAACUGACAGCACUGUCCGAUUUUGGGAAGUUUUCUGUCCCUGUCCAGGUCACUGGCCGCCCGGUGAUGAUCCUUGGACAAAGCCACAAGGCCUGUUCGUUUUUCCUUGACGCUUUGGAGGCCUACAGUCAGAAACGUGGACCAAAUGGGACCACGGGUACUGUGCAGGGCCCCACCAGGUGGCUGAAAAAGAGCAAAUGGCGACCCCAACCCAACAUGGAGAACUCUUUUUGUGGCUGCAAAGGGUUACAAAAUUCCAGUGCAUUCCAAAAGCACUCUGCCUGUGGCUGGGGGAGAACAUGUGAACAGGCCAAUGCAUACGAUGCUUGCUUAAAUGUGUGUUCAACCUUGCAGCCUUGGGUUGCAAACUGUCCAGCAACAGCCACACGAAAUUUGACAUUGCUUUCUCCCGUGCAGUAUCCCCAACGCCCAGAUUAUUGUGCUGCUGAUGGUGUCAGCCAACAAAGUUAUGUGUUCAGGGAUGAUGCAAAGAAGGCAGAACAUUCUGAAGGUUCAUGCUUGCAGCUGGAGCAUGUUUCUGCUCCUGGGCAGUGGGGCAGUAAACCAGGCAGUGGGCAGGUGGACCGGACUGUGAUGCAUGCAGGAGUCAUGUAUGUCAAUGGUGUGCAGAGUGAUGCCAGCUUCCUGGAGGAUAUUGACACAGUGAGGCAGCUGCUGAAGGCCAGUCACAUCUUUAACGACGACGUUGGCUCAUCAAGCAGUGCCAUUCUGCAGCUGGCCAAGCUUGUUAGCAACCUGUGGAACAGGAUCCCCUUGACAACGGCUCGCAAAGUGCGCAGAGGGGAGCGACAUGGGGAUCUGUCACAUUUGGGCUGGCAUGUGCCACUCUGUGGACUCAUUCUGGUCCAUGACAUGGAAAAGCCAGACCUGGCAAGAAGGCAAGCUCAGGCUUUGCGUCAGAUGGUUGACGAUGCCAGAGCAGUGUCUGUAUGGGUCAUGAUCGCCGUGGUAGAUCCAGCAGAGGGCGUCCCCUAUGAUAAGGGAGAGGCUGUGGCAUCGAGGUUGGCGGAAAAGUAUGGUUUGAACACUGGCGACGUUAGCUUGCUGCAUGUGUCACAGGCUGGUGGCGAACAAGGCCUGUCAGAGGCUUGCGGGCUGGUAAAUGAAGAUAAUACAAGUGCAAGCUUGAUGAUUCUGCUGAACGGGAAGUGUGAGGAUUAUGGAGGAAAGAAGGUGUCCAUAAAGUGCUGA